CGUCCAAGGCAGCGUUUGUUCGGGACAGUGAGACGUGCCUUUUUGAUGGUGAAGGAUUUUGUCUUUUUUGUGUGUGUGUUCGAAACGGAUGCAUACGCUACAAGAAGAUUUUUGCUAACGCGGAUCGGUAACGGAGCUUAAGAAAGUUGAAACGCGCUUGUUUGACUUUCUAUCCCUGAAGUUUGGAGCAAUUUUUGUCGGAGGAGGGCUCGCCUGUGGAUUCAUGCAGACCUGUGAAAUUGGGAAAUAUCACAGCUGAAGGCCUUUCACUGAUGGGUGCAUAUCGAAGGCCAACUCUCCAAGAAACCACAAAAUCGUCCCCAGAGAACAGAAACUUUGAUAGACUGAAGACUAGCUAAAUAUCUGCAUCUGAACACAUUAGUGACAUAUUGAACUUUGAUGCAUAUGGAAUUGCUGAGCUGUUAUUAAGAAGUAACAAUUAGAACGGCAUCAGUAUGAGUGCUGAAGGAUACCAGUACAGAGCGCUGCAUGAUUACAAGAAGGAGAGGGGUGAGGACAUGGACCUUCAUGUGGGGGAUAUUUUAUUAGUAAGCAAAGGAGCGCUGGUGGCUCUUGGGUACACUGAUGGACUGGAGGAGAGGCCAGAGGACAUCGGGUGGUUGCCAGGCUUCAACGAGACCACUCAAGAAAAAGGAGACUUCCCUGGGACAUACGUAGAGUACAUUGGGAAGAAAUGGAUCGCACCGCCUACGCCCAAGCCCCGCCCUGUCAGACCGUUACCUGUAGCUCCAGGGGUGGACAGGGCUGAAGACUCCGACUCAGAACCAGCGUUAUGUCUCCUGGACCUGACGGAACAGUUCACUCUACCAGAAACGGCGCCCCCUCUGCUGGCCCGGCUGAUUCAGGCUAUUGAGAAAAACGGUCUGGAUAACCCAACACUUUAUCGAACGUUUACUGCAGGAGGUGGGGCUGAAUUUCGACAGUAUUAUGACUGUGAUCCUUCCUCUGUGGAUUUGGAUCAACUUGAACUCCCUGUCCUUUGUGACAGUCUGCGAAGGUACUUGCAGGAUCUACCCCAGCCCAUUAUCCCAACUGCAUUAUACACUCAAAUGGUCCACACAGCCAAAGAAGUAGCAGGUCCAGAGGAGUGUGCUCAGCUGCUGCGCCGAAUCUUUAGCUCUCCGGGCCUGCCUCCACAGUAUUGGCUCACCCUCCAGUGUCUGCUCAGGCACUUCAGCCGUGUGUGUCAGAACGGCUCCAAAAACCUGCUGUCUGCACGGGCCGUGGGUGAGAUCUUCAGCCCUGUGCUUUUCAGACAACAGAGCUCCAGCUGUGAACCCAGCUCAGAUACCCACGUCAGGAUCAUUGAGGUUUUGGUGGCCAGUGAAUGGGCAGACAGCAAUGCAGCACCAGCUCUACCUCCAAAGCCACCCAAGCCUGCACCUGUGACUAACAACGGUAUGAACAAUAACAUGGCUCUUCAAGACGCUGAGUGGUACUGGGGCGACAUCUCGAGGGAAGAGGUGAAUGAGAAACUUAGGGACACCGCAGACGGUACUUUUCUGGUGCGAGAUGCCUCUACCAAAAUGCACGGAGACUACACUCUGACAUUAAGGAAAGGGGGCAACAAUAAACUCAUUAAGAUAUUUCAUCGAGAUGGAAAGUAUGGCUUUUCUGAUCCACUAACGUUUAGCUCAGUCGUUGAACUCAUCAACCACUACCGCACGGAGUCUCUGGCUCAAUACAACCCAAAACUAGACGUCAAACUGUUGUACCCUGUAUCAAAACACCAACAGGAUCAAGUAGUGAAAGAGGACAACAUUGAAGCAGUAGGUAGAAAGCUGUGUGAGUAUCAUCAGCAGUACCAGGAGAAGAACAAGGAGUAUGAUCGUCUCUAUGAAGAAUACACAAGAACAUCACAAGAAAUUCAAAUGAAACGCACAGCCAUAGAAGCAUUUAAUGAAACUAUUAAGAUCUUUGAAGAGCAAUGCCAAACACAAGAGCGGUACAGCAAAGAGUAUAUUGAGAAAUUUAGAAGAGAAGGAAACGACAAAGAGAUUCAAAGAAUCAUGGGGAACUAUGAGAAGUUGAAAUCUCGGAUUAGCGAAAUUGUAGACAGUAAGCGGCGCCUGGAGGAGGAUCUGAAGAAGCAGGCAGCAGACUACAGAGAGAUUGACAAGAGAAUGAACAGUAUCAAGCCUGAUCUCAUUCAACUUCGCAAAACCAGAGACCAAUAUCUAAUGUGGUUGACCCAGAAAGGAGUAAGGCAGAAAAAGCUCAACGAGUGGCUGGGAAUCAAGAACGAGAACACAGAAGAUCAAUAUUCUAUGGUGGAGGAUGAUGAAGAUCUGCCUCAUCACGACGAGCGUUCCUGGAAGCUAGGCAACAUAAACAGACUCCAGGCCGAAGCACUGCUCCAGGGCAAGAGAGACGGUACAUUCCUGGUUCGGGACAGCAGUAAGGCCGGAUGCUACGCCUGCAGUGUUGUCGUGGAUGGUGAGGCCAAGCACUGCGUCAUCAACAAAACGCCAUCAGGUUACGGCUUUGCAGAACCCUACAACCUAUACAGCUCUUUGAAAGAACUCGUACUUCACUACCAGCAUACAUCUUUGGUCCAGCACAAUGACUCUCUAAAUGUGACGUUAGCAUACCCGGUGUAUGCCCAGCAGAGACGGUGAGGAGCGCACUGGUCUGUAGACAUAAAGACAGGCCUCAAGGCAGUUUACACAAGCAAGACUCAGACUGGAGACAAGAAAGAAAACACAUAAAAGCCUGGAACAUUUCAGUGACUUAGGCUGACCACAAGCAGCUUUCUGAAUGUACUUGUCCUCUGUGCUUUGUGGACAAACUAAGGACUGAGCUCUGCAGUGGAGAACAUGUAAGGCCUUCUAUUGGUGCUUGUUCCUCCCAAAGCUUUACCAGCUGGAAUGUCUGCACCCUCCACAUGGAUAUGUCCCACUUGCCACCAUUUGUUGUUCCACUUUGUUCCUUUCACGCUAUGUGCGAUUCUGAGCGAGGAUUUCUGUGUGUAGAUGCCUGCAAGUGUGUGACCAAAACUCAUCAAAUCAGGAAGCGGUGUGAUUCUUGAGGACUUGUGUUAACCGUUAAAGAGCAGACCGUGGAUCAGCUAAAAAUGUAGCAAAAUGGCACUUUGAACUAAGUAUUUGUGACUUUUUUUUUUAUGUCUGACGGGGGGAAACUCCUAUAAGGACUUUUAUGUGAAGUACAGAGACUGACUCUGGCUUCUUACUGUUGAGCAUUAGAAGUAAACUUGAUCUCUACUGUUGGCAGGUGAAACUAUGAAUGGACUUUGUUAUGUAAAUACACAGUGCAAAGUCAUGAAUCAAAGUGCACCAUACCAAAAAUAUCAGUUCCUGCUUAGAUUUUAUAUUCUGAUCUGCUAUGCAAUUCUUUAUUUUUAGAUAUACCUUUCUGUUGCAACCCACAAUAUAAGCUUGUUUUAUUGCUUAAAGUAUUUUUCCGAUGUAAAAAUCCAAGAGGAUAUUUUGUGUCAAAAUGCCAAGAUACAUACAGAGCAGAUUUAUGUUUUUUUAAGAUUAUAACAGAAACAUACAUUUUAUUAUAAUGAAAUUAACAACCGCUAUACAGAUUAAAAGAUUACUAUUUUCUAUGUCUUUUUGCUUCAACGUAAUGCUGUUCUCAGGCAGAGCCUUGUGAAUAUCAAGCUGCUACAGUUACAGUACUAUUUCUUACAGAGCUAAACAACAUGCAGUUUUGGAUGUCAGUGAACUCAGAGAAUGAUACAAUGGGACUUGCAACAAAAAUGCUGCAUAUUUUCACCCCAUACCACUCUCACAGUGAAUACAACAGCAUAGAUUUAUUUUGUUAUAAAUAAAUAAAUAUAUAUAUAUACAUAUAUAUGUG